AUUUCAUCUUUACCUCUUCAUCACUCUCCACUCAUUCUUUUUUGUGGCUGAUGGUCGUGAAUCCUGACCCUUGAUCUCCGAACCACUUACUCCUCUUCUUAUCCCACAACCACUUUACCAAACAGAGAUCCCUUGUCGCACAGCAUCAUGACUCAAUCGCAAGAGAAGUAUGAUAUCGUCAUUGUGGGCGCUGGCCCCGUUGGCAUUCUCUUGUCGCUGUGCAUGUCUCGUUGGGGCUACAAGGUUAAGCACAUCGAUAACCGACCCGUACCCACCGCCACUGGCCGCGCCGACGGAAUCCAGCCCCGCUCGACUGAGAUCCUCCGCAACUUGGGCUUGAAGCGCCAAAUUAUGGCCUAUGAGCCCGCCAAGGUCUACGAUGUCGCUUUCUGGGAUCCCCUCCCCGGUGACCAAGGAAUCCACCGCACUGGAAGCUGGCCCAGCUGCCCGCGCUUCAUCGACACCAGAUACCCUUUCACCACCCUCGUCCACCAGGGUAAGAUCGAGCGCGUCUUCCUUGACGAGAUCCAGAAGGCUGGUACCACCGUCGAUCGACCCUGGACCAUUGUUGGCUUCAAGAACGACGGCCUGGACGAGACCUACCCCGUCGAGGUCCAGCUGAAGUGCAUCGACACCAAUGUGAUCAAGACCGUCCGCAGCAAGUACCUCUUCAGUGGUGAAGGUGCCCGCAGCUUUGUUAGACAGGAGCUGGGCAUCCAGAUCCACCACAAGGAUCCUAUCUCCUACGUCUGGGGUGUCAUGGAUGGUGUCGUGAGAACUAACUUCCCUGAUAUCGAGACUAAGUGCACAAUCCACUCCGAUGCCGGAUCUAUCAUGGUUAUCCCCCGUGAGGACAACAUGGUCCGUCUCUACGUCCAGAUCGCCUCGUCCACUGAUCCCGACUUCAACCCCCGCAAGACUGCCACCGCCGAGGAAGUUCAGGAGACCGCGAAGAAGAUCUUGAAGCCCUACUGGGUGGAGUGGGACCGCGUGGAAUGGUACUCCGUUUACCCUAUCGGCCAGGGCAUCUCGGAACGGUAUACCUUGGACGAGCGGGUGUUCAUGGGUGGUGAUGCCUGCCACACUCACAGCCCUAAGGCCGGCCAGGGCAUGAACACGGCUUUCCACGAUGCUCUUAACAUGGCUUGGAAGAUCCACGCCGUUGAGUCCGGACUGGCCAAGCGCGAAAUCCUCAAGACGUAUGAGAGCGAGCGCAAAGACAUCGCCGAGACUCUCCUGAGCUUCGAUAACAAGUACGCUGCCUUGUUCUCCAAGCGUCGCCCUACUGCCGGCGAAGUCGGCGAGGCCAGCCACAACGCCGCCGCGGCCAAUGUCGAGGAGGACCCCUUCGUCAAGACUUUCAAGGAGUCUUGCGAGUUCACCAGUGGCUAUGGCGUUGCUUACAAGUCCAACGUCUUCACCUGGGAUGAGACCCACCCCGCCCAGUCUCCUCUCUUCAACAUCCCUGGCGUAAAGCUGAUCCCUGGUCGUGCUUUCACUCCCAGCACCGUCACUCGCUUGGCGGAUGCUAACUUCGUGGAGCUGGAACAAGAGAUCCCCGCCAACGGUGCGUUCCGUAUCUUCGUCUUCGCCGGCAAGCAGGCCAAGACCAACAAGGCUAUCGCGGACUUCGCUGCCAACCUGGAGAAGGAGCGCUCUUUCCUGUCGGUGUACCGCAGAAGCGACAUCGCCGAUGUUUCCUUCUUCGAGCGCCACCUUCCUCACUCCAAGCUCUUCUCCCUGUGUGUGAUCUAUGCCGACGAGAAGAACAAGGUCGACAUGGCGGCUGUGCCCAAGAUCCUACGGGAUUACCACCACCACAUCUACGCCGAUGACCUUCCCGACGUGCGGGUUCCUCACGCCAAGUUUGCCGCUCACGAGAAGCUUGGAUUUGACCCUGAGGUUGGUGGUGUUGUCGUCACUCGUCCUGACAGCCACAUUGCCUGCACGGUUCAAUUGGUGGAGGGCAGUGGCACGGUCGACGCUCUUAAUGCCUUCUUUGGUGCCUUCACGACGAAGCCGCUGGGCCAGGAUCAGCAGGCUAGCCGACUGUGAGGAUGGGUUUUUUCUUUGGAAUAAGAUGUCUGUAAUUUAUGUUUGGAGAUUGGCCUCCUUGCUUUGGAGUCUGUAAAUAGUUUUCUUUUUUAUUUUUGCAGUUUCGGGUU